GAAGCUCAAUGAAAACAAAACAGCGAAGCUAGCAGCCCCGCGGCCACGAAACCAACCUGACAGCUCGAUUAUCGCCUCGUCCACGCGUGAAACGCGCAUGAAUCGGGAUGUCCGCGGCCGACUGGUACGCUCACAAGUCGCUCGGAGACGGACUCUACUGGAUCCAGGAACGGUUCUACCAGUCGCAGAACCGGGCUAACAUAUGGCUGCUGCGCGGCUCCCACCAGGACGUGGUGAUCGACACGGGACUCGGCUUGAGGAGCCUGCCGGACUACAUCGACGCCAUGGGGCUGCUGGGCAAGGACCCUCAGCGGAAGAACCCGCUGCUGGCCAUCGCCACCCACGCCCACUUCGACCACUCGGGCGGCCUGCAUCAGUUCCAACAGGUGGGCGUCCACAGCGCCGAGGUGGAGGCGCUGGCCAACGGGGACAACUACGAGACGGUCACCUGGCUCAGUGACAGGGAGAUAGCCGAGGCUCCCAGUCCCGGGUGGAGGGCCAGGCACUAUAAAGUCAAGGCUGUGCAGCCCACGCACAUCCUGCAGGAAGGUGACGUCAUCAACCUGGGCGACAGGCAGCUGACGGUGCUCCACAUGCCGGGCCACUCGCGGGGCAGCAUCUGCCUCCACGACGGCGAGAACAAGCUGCUGUUCAGCGGCGACGUGGUGUACGACGGCGCCAUGAUCGACUGGCUGCCGUACAGCCACGUCAGCGACUACAUCGGCAGCUGCGAGCGCCUGGUGGGCCUGGUGGACAGCGAACAGGUGGAUCAAGUCCUGCCAGGACACUACAACACCUUUGGCGCCAAACGCCUCCACCGCAUCGCCAGCUCGUACAUCAGCAGAGCGGGAACGUGCCCGGCCAAAUUCUCCACUUGGGCGUGGAGCACCAUGGCCGGCGUGGCGCUCAGGGCGUCCCACCCACGGGGCGUCUGCUGAUUGGACGCCUGGAUAAUGCCCAUAUGCACACAACAAAUGUAAUUGUUGCCAAAUUUCCUGUAUAUGUUGGCAUUGGAUUACAUAAUAAUGAAGCAUACUGAUCAAUGUGAUUAUACGAUAUUUUAAUGUAUUGCUUGGGGUUUAUAUACAGCUCUGGAAAAAAUAAGAACCCAAAAACACUUUUUUUUUUUGUGCUUUCUUCAAAUGAAUGCUCUAAAGGACAAGGUAUGUUUGGAAUUUAGAAGUUAUCUUUUUAGUAGUUUCAAGAAUAAAAUGGUUCAUUUCAUGUAACUCAAACAUACCUAUAAAUAGCUAAAUCUAAUGGCCUCUUUGCAGUGGUCUCUUAAUUCUUUCCAGAGCUGUAACUUGAUGUAUGUUUUAUAUACAGUACAUGCGUGUAUUUGUGUGUAUUGCAUAUGUGACGUUACAAUAGCACAAGCACUGAGGUAUUGAAGCAGAGCCAAAAAUGGCCAUAGUAUUUGUCUAUGCACACACAGCAUCUGCUACCUCCCGUGUUUGUAACAGUGCUUUGUACUACCGCUGUAUUUACGGCUCAGCUCUUUCAACUGACAAUAAAGCGUCCGUCCUACCUUCCUUUUUGAGACAUGUUCUACAUACGUUUCAUCUUCACAUAAAGACGUCAUAUCCCGAGGGUGUUUGUUGCCAAAGAGAGGAACAACAACAAGGCUCGUCACCGAAUCAUCCAUCUGACUGGCUUUUGCAGCUUAAAGUGCGCAUUUUUAUUAUGGAUGUGCAUAAUAAUUAACUGAGUUUCAAGAAUUCUGUUGAAUUGACUUUUGAUGAAAGAUGUCAUAAAUUGGAGUGCAAUGCUUUACACAACCAGCAGAGGCGCUGUUGAUUUAGGCGCAAUUAGUUUGUGGCCUAAAGAAGAACAGGACGUGAAUUUUGAGAAGUUGCAGUAUAUCAACGCAGACCACCACUAUGGUGCAACUCCUUAUUCUGAUCAACGUAUAAUGUGAUAUUAAUGUGAAUAUAUA